UUUGACAAAUUUAAUCUUGCUCUUAUACUUCGUAUAUUCAUUUAUAUUCUUUCCGUUUGGAGCUCUUCACUUAUAAGCUGCGCCUUUAUCUCCUCCAUUGAAGGGUACUCUGAUUUCUCCAUUAUAGCGACUUCUGAGCUUUCUCUCCUCCAUUGAAGCACCUUCUCAUAUUUUGUAUUCGUAAGCAAGAUUCUUGAAUCUGCCACUAGAAAGCUUAAGCAUUGUCAAUGGCAAAUGACGGUGAGAAGAUGGAGGUAAAAGGAGAAGAAGAAAAUGGACAAGUAGUGACUCCAUGGGAAGUAUCCGCCAAAGAAGGCGGCAAAAUUGACUAUGAUAAACUAAUCGACCAGUUUGGAUGCCAACGUCUUGAUUCUACUCUUAUCGAACGUGUUGAACGCCUCACUGGUCGUCCUGCCCACGUCUUCCUCCGCCGUGGCGUCUUCUUCGCUCACCGUGAUUUGAGUGAGAUACUUGAUGCAUACGAAAGAGGUGAGAAGUUUUACUUGUAUACUGGUCGAGGACCUUCCUCUGAAGCGCUGCAUUUGGGGCAUUUGGUACCUUUCAUGUUCACAAAGUAUCUACAGGAUGCUUUUAAGGUGCCCUUAGUGAUCCAAUUAACAGAUGAUGAGAAAUGCAUGUGGAAAAACUUGUCUGUGGAGGAGAGUAUUAGACUUGCACGUGAGAAUGCCAAGGAUAUUAUUGCCUGUGGGUUUGACGUGUCCAGAACAUUCAUUUUUUCCGACUUUAACUUUGUUGGUGGAAAGUUCUAUCAGAAUAUGAUCAAAAUUGCCAAGUGUGUCACACUAAACAAGGUUUUUGGUAUAUUUGGUUUUACUAAUGAAGAUCACAUUGGCAAAGUAUUUUUUCCAACAACUGAGGCAGCUCCUGCCUUUUCCAGUUCAUUCCCUCACCUAUUUGCUGGCCAAGAUAACGUUCGGUGUUUGAUUCCUUGUGCAAUUGACCAGGAUCCUUACUUCAGAAUGGCAAGAGAUGUUGCUCCUCGGAUAGGAUUUCAAAAACCUGCAUUGAUCGAGUCUUCCUUCUUUCCUGCACUUCAGGGCGAGGCUGGCAAAAUGUCUGGAAGUGAUCCUAAUUCUGCCAUAUAUGUGACUGAUACAGCAAAAGACAUCAAAAAUAAGGUGAAUCGAUAUGCUUUUUCUGGCGGGCAAGAUUCUAUUGAAAAUCACCGAAAGUAUGGAGCUAAUUUAGAGGUAGACAUACCAGUCAAGUAUCUGGGAUUUUUCUUGGAGGAUGAUGCUGAGCUUGAGCACGUUAAAACAGAAUAUGGUGCUGGAAGGAUGCUGACAGGUGAGGUAAAGAAGCGGCUCAUUGAUGUUUUAUCAGAGAUGGUUGAAAGACAUCAACGAGCUCGGGCUGCUGCAACUGAUGAGAUGGUGGAUGCUUUCAUGGCCGCGAGGCCUCUUCCUCGCAUGUUUGACUAAUGGGGGGAAACCAAUGGAAUUUUUGUUACAAGUGUGAAAUUUUGCAAUGGUUACUGGUGUUAUACAUUUAUUUAUGUAGUCAUUCAGAAUCGAAGGAUUUUGAGUAAUUGAAGUCGUACUCGUACAUAUACAUCAAUCUUGAAGCUCUGAUAUCCAAUCCAUGUUGGCAGCCACAUGGUGACGCUAAACAGUUGAUUCAAUGGAUUAUGUGGGGAAAUCAUAUAACCCAGUGUUUUUCUCUGCAAUCUUCAGUAGAGAAGUAGGUUGCUAUCAAGUUUUCUUCAUAGUUUACGAUAUCCUGAGGAAGCUUGAUACCACAUUGCGCCUUAUGGCCUCAACAAGGAAGAUAGCCUUUAGUUUGCCAAUCUAUGAAAAGUAAACUGGACAUGAAACUCCAAUGUUUCUUUAUAUUUGAUGUUCUGAACAAGGACAGGCAUGGACGUAUUUUAUCUAAGAGCAAGCCAAACACUGGAUAUAUGUUAAUGACUUUAACUCAUUUUAUACUUCCUCAGUU